AUGUCGUCCUUCCACGUUGUCGAACACUCCAUUCCCUGUCAACAUAUCCGAGAGUACCCCCGAGCCACAGCAGGCUCACAGGAAGAUGUAUUACACCUAGCGGUGAAGCAAUAUAUACCAAAAGACAACCCAAAUCCGCAGCCUGGAGAUGUCACAAUCUUAGGAGCACAUGCGAAUGGCUUCCCCAAAGAGCUAUAUGAGCCGUUAUGGGAUGAUAUACAUGCUCGAUCAAAAAGUCAUGGCUUUCGUAUAAGGAGUAUAUGGAUUGCCGAUGUCGCACAGCAGGGACACAGCAGUGUACUGAAUGAGCGAUUGCUCGGGAAUGACCCUUGCUGGAAUGACCAUCCAAGAGAUUUAUUACACCUGAUCAACCUCAAGCGAGACCAGAUGCCACGGCCUAUCAUAGGCAUUGGCCAUUCAAUGGGAGGAAAUCACUUGGUCCAAUUAGCAUAUAUCCACCCCCGUCUUCUCACCACUUUAAUCCUUAUCGAUCCUGUGAUCCAGGUAUACUCUUCUGUUGCACCAAACGCAGGGCCGAGCCCAGCCCGUCUAUCCACAUUCCGCCGCGACGUCUGGCCUUCGCGUGAAGAAGCUGCAAAGUCAUUCAAAUCCAGCAAAUUCUAUCAAGCAUGGGAUCCUCGUGUCCUCGAUCGAUGGAUAAAAUACGGCCUGAGAGACAUGCCCACCAUCCUCCACCCUGACGAAUCAAAGAAUAAGGAUGGUUCGCCCAAGGUAACGUUGACAACUCCAGUUCCACAAGAAGUCUUCACUUUCCUCCGCCCGAACUACGAGGGAUACGGGUAUAACGGUCAUCCGGUCAAUCGCAAAACCCACCCCGAUUUAAACCCAGCCUUGCCAACCAUCUACCCGUUCUAUCGCGCCGAAGGACCCAAUACCUUCUUCCGCCUCGAAGAACUCCGACCUUCCGUGCUCUAUGUUUUCGGCGGAAAAUCCGACGUGGGCACCCCAGACGCUUGCAAGGCGAAAAUGGACCAUACAGGCGUCGGCAUUGGAGGGAGCGGAGGCGCUCCCGUAGGACGGGUGCGGAGUGUGCUCUUCGACGACCUGGGCCAUCUAAUUGCCAUGGAGGCAGUGGACCGGACGGCGCAGCAUGCGUGCGACUGGAUUGGAAGUGAGAUGAAGAUCUGGCGGGAGGACGAGGAAGAGUACAAUCGGACGUGGGGUAAGAAGAGUCUGGUUGAGAAGCAGAGUCUCGAUGAGCAGUGGAAGAAGAUGAUCGGUGGGCCGUAUGAGAGGAAGCCGAAGGGCGCAAAGUUAUGA